AUGGUGUUCCUGCGAAUCUCGAUUAACUAUGUUCAGAUUCCUAAAUGCCUGAAAGGCCGAGGGAUUGGGGACUCAUUGAAGCACUUCUUCAACGGCGAUAACCCAACGUGCGACACCUUGGUUGCUGAAACCAAGUAUGACGGGUACCGCCUGCAGAUCCAUGUCCAGAUCGGCCACGACGGAACCACCGUCACUGUAUUCAGCAAAUCUAAACGGAACAGCACCAUUGACCGAAGAAACACCCACUCAAUUGUUCUGGCAGCUCUCGGCAUUCCAUUGCCGGACGGCAUGCCGGUGUAUCCCACCCUCGCUUCUCGGCUCCGCGGCACACCUGCUCCGACCAAAAGGGUCAAGUCGAGUGUCAUUCUUGAAAUGGAGGCUGUUCCAUUCAACGAAGGGGCUCGUGAAGGUGACCGUGGUCCGGGAAUCGAAGAGUUUUGGUGGCUCGAGGCGGCUGGAGUCACUGCUGGCGCCGAAACUGGAAGAUCAAGAGCCUCUCAUAUCGGACGCCACCUCUGCCUCGUGUUCUUCGACAUCCUCCACUUGGACGGAGAAAACCUGCUCACGGUGGCCUACCACUCACGUCGAUCUUUGCUGAAGUCGGUCGUCCGCCCAAUUCAUGGAUUUUCCAUGUUCGCCAUGUGUCAGUCCAUCUCGCUUGACAUGGGCAAGGACCACGCCAGGCUGUCCUUGAAAAAGGCCUUCGACACCGUGUGCGAUGGCCGAGAAGGUUCUUCAGAGGGGCUUGUCCUCAAAGCCGACUCCUCAACGUACAAUGAUCCCAAGCUACCCUGGGUGAAGCUGAAGAAAGACUACAUCCAGGGACUGGGGGACACGAUUGAUCUCGUGCUUCUCGGCGCCGGCUGGGAUAUUGACCGCGCAAGAGAGCUUCGGGUCGACACCUCUGUCUUCACAACAUUUUACCUCGGCGUACUCACCAACCGUGAGGAUGUAUACAAACGGCGCCAUGCUCCCUACUUUGAGAUCCUAUUUCGGGUAUCGUAUGGCCUCAAUCGCGACCAGUUGGAACUCUACAAUGACCAGCUUCGGCUGGGUCGGUGGGCCAGCAAGCCAUUCGAUAAGGACGACCCGUGGAAACGUAGGCUGAUCGGGCUGUCCUGGAAAUAUCACAUGCCCAAAUCUAUGGUCCCUCCUUCUGUGCUUCUGGAAGCACCAUUGUGCGCCGAGGUCAUGGGGGCAGGGUUUCAGAGGCUCCCGUUCUCAGAGCUGUAUGAGCUUCGGUGGCCUCGCCUAAUGAAGAUCUUCGAGAAGAAGGAGCGUGCAUGGACCGCUGCUCUGUCGUCGAGAGAUUUGAUAUCAACGGCCCGUCAAGCUCUAGGUUACGACCAGACGACCGCCUCCCUUCCGGUCUCACCUGAGCGAGACUCGAUUGGAGCUCUCUGGAGAUCUCACAGCACAGUGGCGGUUGUUGUCAUCGCCGAAAUUGCGCACGCCAAGAACGCCGACGCGCUUCGCCUCGGCGCCGGCCUUAAAUUCGUCUCCACCAUCAACACCGCCACGAUCAGGGAGGAGGCAUCAGGCAACAUCCCCACUGUUCCAGCGACAACCGUUGACAGAUCGGCCUGA